CUCAAUGGGCCUUACUAAUAAUCAAACGCUAAUGUCGACUAUUAGUUAACUGGAAGGUUAAAACAAAGUGCUGAGUUUUAAUAAAAUGGUACCAAUAAACAAUUUAACCCUCUCACUUACUAGUCUCAAGAUUUUCCUUGAAUCUAUUACAAAAUCUACUACAAAUAAGAACAAAAAUUGCUUGAACUGUCAGAACUGUCAAAGAUCAAUUUUUUGUUAUUAUGCAAAAGCAAAAAUAUAAAUACAAGUUUUGAAAAAUGAGUUCAAUUGACGAAGGUCUGUUUCUAGAUUUUGAAAUAAUCGCAGAAACUUCUUCAUCUCGUAAAGUGAAAAUAUAUAAAGAAAGGAUAGAUCCAUUUACGAAAUAUGAUGAAAAUGAAUUCUUUGGUCACUACAGGUGGGUUUUGGUUUAUUAGUUCCCUUCUUAUUAUUUGAAAUUAUUUUCAAGUCUUUAUCGUAUCUACAGAUUCACUAAACAAAAUGCCAGAUUCAUCAUCGAAGCUGUGAGCGACGAUUUAGCCUCCCGAUCAAAUCGAGGGGGAGCACUUUCCCCUGAGCUCAUUGUUCUGGUCUCGUUACGAUACCUGGGCAAAGGAUCGUACCAAAGUGAUACCGGUGAUCUUCAUAACAUUUCUCAACAAUCUGUGAGCAAUUGCGUGAGAAAGUUUGUUACAGCACUGGCUUCAAAAAAAGAACAUUUAUCAGGUUUUCAACAGACACUCGAAGCCUUCAAAGAAUGAAGCAAGAUUUUUUUAGCAUUGCUAGGUUCCCUCAGUGCAUUGCAGCGGUAGACUGCACCCACAUUAAAAUUAAAAACCCAGGUGGCGAGUUCGGUUCUCGCCAUAGAUGCCGAAAGAAUUUCUAUUCAAUUAAUGUUCAGGUUGUUUGUGACGCGCAUGGCAAAAUUCUAGACAUAGUUGCUAGAUGGAGAGGAUCAGCUCAUGAUUCAAGAAUAUGGCGUGAAUCUGCUAUAGCAAACCAUUUGCAAAAUGUAGAUUUAAGGGGAGGAGUUGUUUUGGGCGACGGUGGGUACGCAUGUUCAAAAAUAUUGAUGACACCAUUUAGAAUAUCGGCUGAAUUAAGUCCAGCAGAACAGCGCUACAACAAAGCGCAUAUUCGAACAAGAAUAACGGUGGAACAACUAUUUGGUCAGCUCAAAAACAAAUUUCGUGCGUGUUUUAAUGGCAUCAACAUCAACUAUGACACAGCCAAAGCAACAAUUGUUGCAAUCGCAAUAUUGCACAAUAUUUCAAAGGAUGGUUCAAACGGUGAUUUCACAUUUUUUUUAGUAACCUGGGGUCUCCAUUGGACAUUUCCGAUGACAGGACUAUCGGCAAGUCAUCAGAAAAUCUAAUGGAGACCAACAAUCCAACAUCCAGUCCAUGACCCUGAGGCUCCAUAAGAGUAAAAUCUAAUCCGA